AUGGAUCAACCUGAGGAAGGAUCGAGAAUUAGCCCUGAAUCGAGCAAUAUCAUUAAGAAUAUGCCGAGUCAUAUCAGUCACAUAACGGUCUUCGUUUCGGUCACCCUCAUCAUAGUGCUGCUUAUGGUAAUCGCGCAUGUUGUCCGCUUAAUCAUGGGAAUCCAAACAUCGUCCAAGAAGGAUACUCCUUCCGCUAUUGUCAUCCAGCCAAAGGACAAACCGAAAAAAGAAAUCAAGAAGAAGAAGAAGGCAUCACUUGCAUGUAAACAUCGCAGCAACUAUAACUUGCCAUCGAAAUUAAUGAUGGUAGAUGUCGAAGUGAAUAAAGAGGCAAUGAAAGAAGCUAGGAAAAAGAAGAAGGAAAAAGAACUGGAAGCCACUAACCCUGUACUGCCUAUGGCGAUUUCAGCACCACCUCCAUAUCAAACGAUCAAGCCAAGCCCGGGUCAAACACAACCACCUCCUCGUAUUUGCGUCGUAUCACUAGAAAAAGCAAACUCAUCCGCACAAAAUUCAGCAGUGAAUAGUGGUCAGCCAUCACCUACUGCUUCAGCUCGUGCGGCAGCCGAUAAGGAGAGAAUGUCUGGCGGAACGAUUGUUUCAAAAACUGUCAUUAGUGAGACCUACACCUCACGUAGCACCACGAGUGAGAAAAAGUGA